AUGGUUGAGGUAUCCUCCAAAACUUCUCCAACUGCUGCUCCGCAACGACACCGAAGUCCCAACCGAGGCAAUCGAAGACGUGGUCGUGGCGGUGGGACGCCGGUCAUGCAGACGGACAACCAACAGCGACGCGGGAGAGGGGGCAGCGGUGGAGCCAGGGGAGGUAGAGGAGGAGAACGGGGUGGAGGAAUACAAACAAGACCACAGGGCUCUGGCUCCAACUCUAACGCAAUCAGACCUGGUCAACCCGUUGACGGUGGUGAUAGCAGGGGUGAACCUCCAGACCCAGUUCACCGUAAUCUAGGCACCUCUGGUGACCGCCUCACUGGAGAUGCCAAACAUUCUGAAGGCGAAGGGAUGACCACCGCGGCGGCCACUGCAGAAGAGCAGGCAGAUGACGGCGAAGUCUGCUUUAUCUGUGCGUCUAAGAUCGAUCAUACCGCCGUUGCGCCCUGUAACCACCGGACAUGUCAUAUCUGUGCUUUGCGACUGAGAGCGUUGUAUAAAACUAGGGCUUGCGCGCACUGUCGGACGGAAUGGCCCUUCGUAAUUUUCACUGAUGAUCCAGGAAAGAAAUUUGAAGAUUUCACGAAUAAGGAUUUCAUCCGCACAGAUGACAAUUUGGGAAUUAAGUACGAAUCGUACGAUAUUUUUGAAGAUACUGUGCUAUUGCUGCGUUAUAAUUGUCCUGAUAAAGAGUGCGAUGUCGCCUGUCAGGGAUGGCCGGAUCUACACCGCCAUGUGAGGAGCCGACAUCAAAAGGUUAUGUGUGACCUUUGUACUCGAAAUAAAAAGGUAUUUACUCAUGAACAUGAGUUAUUCUCCCAAACGCAGCUCCGGAAACAUGAAAAAUAUGGAGAUGACAAUCCUGGCGCUGUUGAUCAGAGUGGGUUCAGAGGCCAUCCUGAAUGUGGGUUUUGCCGUCAGAGAUUCUAUGGCGAUGAUGAACUUUAUACGCAUUGCCGAGAUAAACACGAACGUUGCCAUAUCUGUGACAGGCGGAAUGCAUCCCGCCAGCAACAGUACUUCGUCAACUACAACGCUCUGGAGGAGCAUUUCAGCAAAGACCAUUUCCCUUGUCUGGAUAAAGAAUGUCUAGAGAAGAAAUUUGUGGUGUUUGAGUCGCAGCUGGAUUUGAAAGCCCAUCAGCUGGAGUCUCAUCCCGCCGGACUUUCUAAAGAUGCAAGAAGAGAUGCAAGGGUAGUUGAUAUUUCCAGUUUUGAGUACCGAACACCUUACCAACCUCAGCGGGGCGGAAGAGAUGGGCGGGGAGCUGGAAGAGGUCGUGAUCCUAACUCGGAGCCUCUUCCGCCAUCCAGCGCUCAGCCAUUAAAGCGGGACGAGCUGGCUUAUCAAAGACAAAUUGCCAUUCAGAGCGCUCAGUCAGUUUCCAGCAGAACAUUUGGUGGCCAGCUCACAUCGAGCAGCGCCCAAUCAGUUCGCAUGCCUUCACAAUCGACCACAGCACAUCCCACACCGACGCCCGCCGCUCUUCAACCGGCGAUGGAGUCCUUGAAUAUAGGACGCCCUAGUGCCACGCCUUCUACCCCACAAGAACAAGCUCGCCAAAUAGCACAUGGUGCCGUAAUGAACCGCGCAUACUCCCUGCUACGCAACGACCCGCUCAAAGUCACGGACUUCCGCAACAAAGUAUCCGCGUAUCGUGGCGGCACGAUCAACGCCCCCUAUCUCAUAGAAUCCUUCUUCUCGCUCUUCGACACCUCCUCCAGUGAAUUAGGGAAACUUAUAAAGGAACUUGCCGAGCUCUACGACGACGAGGCCAAACGCACUGCCCUUCUCAAAGCGUGGAACGACUGGCGCGCCAUAAACGAAGACUACCCAGCUCUACCCGGGUCAAACAGCGUCCUAUCGAACGCCAGCACAUCCACCAGCGGCGGUGGAAAACGCGUAUUACUCCUUAAGUCAUCGACUGCACAAUCAUCACGAUCAGCUGUCGGGCGUAGUGGCAGUCUAGUAGGACUUUCAAAUGGUACAAGCAGCAGCAAUCCAUUUCCACCACUAGGCGCCUCCUCAAAUACCAGGAAAUCACGUGCAUCGGCAACUCCAUGGUCAACUGUGACCCCCCCGUCACGCUCGGUCGGGACCUCACCGGCGCCUUCUCGCCCUUCUCCUUCAAAUGGUGCUAGGAUAGCAAUGACUACAGCUUCCCGCACCGGUGGUGCCAAUUCAGAUGCUUUUCCCGCCCUCCCGGCGGCGCCAAAGCCUAACACUCUCAUGGCAGGUGUUACCCGCGGCACCGUGCGGUGGGAUAGUGGAUCCUCAGGCAACACCGGACCGUCGCCUUGGGGGAGGGGAUGUAUUAAUCCUACACCGGCAGAGGCGGGUGGGGAUGGGGAUCUUGGAGAGGGAGGGGGAAAGAAGGGAAAGGGAAAGAAAGGGAAGCAGGUAUUGUAUCAUUUUGGAUAG